GGGAGUUGUAGUCCUGCCUCCUGAAGGCCGCGCGGCUGCUCAGCCCUCUCGGCUGGAGCGAUUACGUGGCUCGAGGAGCGGAGGAGAGGCGGGACGCAGGCGCGGCGUGAUGGCGGCUCCCGUGCGCAGCCCGUCGGUGCUCUUGCGGCUCUUGCUGCUGCUGGCCGGCCUCGCCUCGCCCGGCUGGGGCCUCUACUUCCACCUGGGCGAGACAGAGCGCAAGUGCUUCAUCGAGGAGAUCCCCGACGAGACCAUGGUCAUCGGGAAUUACCGGACGCAGCUGUUUGAUAAGCAACGGGAAGAGUACCUUCCAGCUACUCCUGGCCUGGGCAUGUUUGUGGAAGUGAAGGACCCUGAUGAAAAGGUGGUGUUGUCUCGACAGUAUGGGUCAGAGGGCAGAUUCGCCUUUACUUCACACACUCCUGGGGAACAUCAGAUCUGCCUACAUUCUAAUUCCACAAAGUUUUCCCUUUUUGCGGGAGGCAUGCUGAGGGUCCACCUCGAUAUCCAGGUUGGGGAACAUGCCAACGACUAUGCUGAGAUUGCAGCCAAAGACAAGUUGAGUGAGCUGCAGCUACGUGUACGCCAGCUCCUAGAGCAGAUUGAACAGAUCCAGAAAGAGCAGAACUACCAGCGGUGGCGAGAGGAGCGCUUCCGGCAAACUAGUGAGAGCACAAACCAGCGGGUUCUCUGGUGGUCCAUUGUCCAGACCCUCAUUCUUGUAGCCAUUGGAGUCUGGCAGAUGAGGCAUCUUAAAAGUUUCUUUGAGGCCAAGAAGCUGGUAUAAAAAAAAGUGUGGUUUGAUAUCAGCAAAAGGCCUGCAGUUCCCACAGGAGCCAUUCCCAGUUCUUCAGUGCCUGCACGGGUGCUUCUCCUCUCCUCAGUCUUCUUCCACCAGACUUGUUGUUGUCCAGGCUCAGUAUCAUCUACCUCUCUCUGCCUCUGUCCUUCCAUCUCUCUUCCUCCCUGCCAACACCUCAGCCUGCUGUGGUUCCAGGGCAGCAGCUUCGCCUCUUAAGGCACUGUGUUCUCUCCAGACAAUCCAGACCUGCCCUCCCUCACUGUCACUCAUGUUCUGUGUGAGGAGCUGGGGGGGGGGUUCUCUUGCCUAAGAGUGUCCUUCAUCAAAAAUCAACUCUUCGCAAGGGCACCCAGGACCUUUUUUUCCAGCCAGCGUCACAAAUGACAAAGCCAAGAAACUGAUGCCAGUUUUGAGCCCUGCUGUAUUUUUACUAGCUCUGACUUCUUGAUGCCGCCAGUAUGUUGCUUUGAAGAAAAGCACUGAAUAAGAAGACCUGGAAGCUCUGCCUGCAGUUCUCCUGUCCUGUAUAUUCUUAAUGUGAAUGGGAUAUGGAAUGAUUUUGGGAUUAACUGCUGUGAGAUUGGUGGAAUAAUAUUGGGACACUCCGUAUGUAUGUGUUGGGAUAUGUGAUAAUAAUUGGGCUAUUAACUGAGGAUAGCUAAGUAUUGAAAUUUACUUGACUUAUAUCUUCCUCUGUAGCUUGCUAGAAUUAAAUUGGCUUUUCCUGUA